AUGGCUGACGAACAACCCUCAUCGUAUGACGGAGGUGAAGGGAAUGAUGCACCUGACGCACACGAAUAUGACGAUCAACCAACAACACCCGUCGUCGCUGAAGCAACAACUUCAGUCGGCGAUGACGACUACGUUGAUGAACCUAUCGAAGAUUAUGUAGUUAAUUUAGUUGUUAAUGAACAACCUGAUGGUGCAACUCUAUCACCUGAUUUAGCUAAUGCAGUUAUAACAGAUAUUCAUGGUAAUAUAAUUGGAACAAAACCAUCAAUAUACGAUAAGA